AUGGCUGUGAUAUCUGUGGGAAUACUACGAGGAUGUCUGUCCUUCCAUAGAUCGGUGUACAGACCCUGCACUUAUGUGUACAGCACCUGGCCUGGCUGCGUUCACACAAACCACAAGAAGACUAUACUGGAUCCAAGAUGGCCUCACCCACACCGUUUAUACACCCCCCUCCUAAAUACCUGCAGUCCUUCCAGGUCUCAGAGCUCACCUCUGAAAACAGGCAACUGUGCUGCUACAAGGCAUCACUUUUCUGCCGCUGCUCUGGUUCAGUCCAUGCCAGAAAAUGUCCAGCCCUACCUUCGACUUAUGAGACUGGAUAAACCUAUAGGAACUUGGUUGCUGUACUUGCCCUGUACCUGGAGCAUUGCCCUGGCAGCAGACCCAGGUAGCCUGCCUGACCUUUCUAUGCUGGCCUUGUUUGGCACAGGAGCGAUAUUGAUGCGUGGUGCUGGGUGCACUAUUAAUGACAUGUGGGACAAAGAUUUUGACAGAAAGGUGGAGAGAACAGCCAGUCGUCCCAUUGCAGCGGGUGACAUCUCCCGCUUCCAGUCCUUGGUUUUCCUGGGCGGUCAGCUCAGCAUGGCUUUGUGUGUACUUUUGUGCCUAAAUAACUAUAGCAUCGCUCUAGGAGCUUCUUCCUUGUUGCUGGUAGUUACCUAUCCACUAAUGAAGAGGAUCACCUACUGGCCGCAGUUUGUAUUAGGGCUGGCAUUUAACUGGGGAGCCUUGUUAGGCUGGUCUGCUAUUAAAGGGUCAUGUGACUGGUCGGUGUGUCUUCCCUUGUAUGUCUCUGGAAUUAUGUGGACGCUGGUUUAUGAUACCAUCUAUGCACACCAGGAUAAAAAAGAUGAUGUGGUUGUUGGGGUAAAAUCAACAGCAUUGCGAUUCAAUGAACAGACAAAGCUGUGGCUAAGCGGAUUUAGUGCGGCAAUGCUUGCAGGACUUACACUGACAGGACUAAACUGUGACCAGACACUUCCCUAUUAUGCCGCUGUUGCACUCAUUGGGGGACAUCUUGCUCAUCAGAUUUAUUCUUUAGACAUAAACAACGUAGAGGACUGCUGGAAAAAGUUUAGUGCCAAUCGCAAUGUGGGGUUUUUACUUUUCUUUGGCAUUGUGUUUGGAAACUUGUGGAAGAGAAAAGACACCAGUGAAAUCAAAGAUGUAUCCAAUCACAGCUCUUGA